GAGGCGGGGGCUGCGGGCGCAGGAAAAGGCGCCUUGGAAGCGGGCGCUCGGCGGGGCCUCCUGCGGCCGUGCGCGGCGCGGCGAGGGGGAGCGAGGAGCGGCGGGCGCGGCCAAGGCCACCCUCUACUGCCGCGUCUUCCUGCUCGACGGGACCGAAGUGAGCGUGGACCUGCCGAAACAUGCCAAAGGCCAGGAUUUGUUCGAUCAGAUUGUAUACCACCUAGACCUUGUGGAAACAGACUACUUUGGCCUCCAGUUCCUCGACUCUGCCCAGGUCACACACUGGCUGGAUCAUUCUAAACCCAUCAAAAAGCAGAUGAAACUUGGACCUGCUUAUGCUUUGCACUUUCGAGUUAAAUACUAUUCUUCAGAACCGAACAACCUUCGAGAAGAGUUUACAAGGUACCUGUUUGUUUUACAACUCAGGCAUGACAUCCUUUCUGGAAAGUUGAAAUGCCCCUAUGAAACAGCUGUGGAAUUAGCCGCUCUCUGUCUACAAGCGGAGCUUGGGGAAUGUGAACUUCCAGAACACACACCAGAGCUUGUGUCUGAGUUUCGGUUUAUUCCAAAUCAGACAGAAGCAAUGGAAUUUGAUAUCUUCCAGAGAUGGAAAGACUGCAGGGGAAAGAGCCCUGCCCAGGCGGAACUCUCCUAUCUGAAUAAAGCGAAGUGGCUGGAAAUGUAUGGGGUAGACAUGCACGUGGUCAGGGGAAGAGAUGGCUGUGAAUAUUCUCUUGGACUGACCCCGACAGGCAUAUUAAUCUUUGAAGGAGCUAACAAAAUAGGCUUAUUCUUUUGGCCUAAAAUUACCAAAAUGGAUUUUAAAAAGAGCAAACUGACCCUUGUGGUGGUGGAGGAUGAUGACCAGGGACGUGAGCAAGAGCACACCUUUGUGUUCCGGCUGGACAGCGCCCGCACCUGCAAGCACCUGUGGAAGUGUGCCGUGGAACACCAUGCUUUCUUCCGCCUGCGCACGCCAGGCAAUGGGAAGGCCAGCAGAUCCGACUUCAUCCGCCUGGGCUCCCGCUUCAGGUUCAGUGGGCGGACGGAAUAUCAAGCUACACAUGGCGCCAGGUUACGAAGAACCAGCACCUUUGAGAGGAAGCCCAGUAAACGUUACCCAUCCCGGAGACAUUCCACAUUCAAAGCAAGCAACCCGGUGAUAGCUGCACAGCUCUGCUCUAAAACAAAUCCUGAAGUCCAUAAUUACCAGCCUCAGUACCACCCUAGCGUCCACUCCAGCCAGCCCCGGUGGCACCCUCACUCUCCAAACGUCAGCUACCCACUCCCCUCCCCAGUGCUCAGCCCCUCGGAGCGGCUGCCCUUUGGCGUCGAGGAGAACGGGGGCACACCAUUCCCUCCGAAAGCUUCAGGAAGGCACCACCACCAGCAUCACCACCACACCAACUACGGCCUCUCGCUGACCCUGGAGAACAAGGAGGGGCCUCUGAGGUCCCCGAACUCCAACAGCAAGUCCCAUACAAAACUGAGUCCAGGAGGACCUGCUCUGUUCAGCGAGGCUGCUGCCCACCUGAAGAAGCUGGAACUAGAGACUGUGAAAGCUGCUGGACCCUGGCCUGCUCUGCACAUCAACUUAAACAAGGCUGAAGAGAAGAAAGUUGCUGAGAAGACACUGCAGACCCCACUGCUGCCUUCCCCAGUGGCGGACCACGUGAAGUGUAACAUCCUGAAAGCACAGCUGGAGAAUGCCUCCCGGGCCAAUGCCCAGAUAGGAAAGGAGGAAUCAACGUUUGUAAAUAUCACUAAGAAGUCAAGUCUUCAGGAUGCUAAUGUAAGAAGCCCUAUCCCUAUUCGUGUGGAAGCCGCCCAGCCAGCUGUGGAAAAGCCAGAAAUCAAGCCUCCCCGAGUGAGGAAGUUAACAAGACAAUAUAGUUUUGAUGAAGACGACCUCCCCCCAGACCUGGCUGAGGCAGUGGGAGCGACCACAGCCACAACCACCAACACCACGACAGCUGCCACACAAGUUGCAGUCCCACUGGCGUCCCCCAAGCUCCAGAAAGUCAGCUCACCUCAUAAGUCAGAAGGCAAGGGCCAGCCGUCCCCAGGGGCCAAGAGCCCCUCCGACCGAGGAGGUACCUUCACCUUGGAACCUGGCGAUCUUCUGAUGGAUUUCACAGAAGCCACUCCUCUGGCAGAGCCCGCCAGCAGCCCCCACUGUGCCCGCUCUCGCUGCUCUCCUUCACUCUCUCUCCCCAUGAAGGAAGAGACCACUGGAGUUUGCAUGUACCCUCCAAUCAAAACGAGGCUGAUAAAAACGUUCCCGGCUGAUACAAUGAGCCCAUUUCCUGAUCCUUUUACCACGGGGCCACAGUUUACCGCAGACUUUAGAGACAGUAAAUUACAGUGCUGUCCUGGCCAGUCUUCCCCACUGAUCCCAGCAGUGGCCCUGAGGCCUUUGACAGAGACCGUCUCCACAGUACAGACCAUCUAUAAUGCCCGAAAGCCUGUUUCUCUGGCAGCCAGUGCAGAGACACUCCGGCACGAGCUGGAAAGAGAGAAAAUGAUGAAAAGACUGUUGAUGACCGAACUGUGAAAUUCUCCUCUUAUCGCCUGGAGGAUGGCAUGGUGCCUUCUGUCCGUUUCCUUUCUUCGGGCUUUGUGUGCUCACUUUAGCACAACAUACAAAUGUCGUGUGCUGUGUUUGCCCGGGUCUCAUGGUUAGUGGAAGCCAACUUCUGGCUCGACUAUUACUGGAAAAGUUACUUUAGUCUCCUGAGCACUAGAAGUUUUUUUUUUCACUGCUCAGUGUAAUUGAGACAAGAUUUGAUAAGGCUAGGAAAAGAAAGAAAGGAAAACUGGGAUUCCUGUUCAAAAGCACCUGGGUGCAUCUGUUAAUAGCCGCAGUGGUUAAGCUGACACAGACUCCUUUGCUAACAAUCUGAACCACAUGAUUUUGUAUGACAGAAACUUGCACCAAGCUUUGACUGAUUGUUAAGGAAUCAUUUUUAAUGAGAUUCUUUACUGCUGGUUUUUCAUUUACACUGAUAAACACAUGGAUCUUCUAAAAUCCUUUAUUUUUAUUCAGACGUGAGCAGAUGAGCUAAAAAAAAAGGUUACAUGUCACUAUGUCUUAAAAUACUUCAGUUUAACCUGAAAUAUAAUUUAAUGUGUAAUCUUGUUGGAUAUAAUAUUAUCCACAAUAAAUAGAAUUUAUCAUUGAACCCAAAGUAGGCAAUGCCAGCUUAAAUUGUCUAAAAAUCUUUACAGGGUUAAGAUAAUUCAAUAUCAAAAAGAUUCGUUCUGGUGUUCCAUAAAGGAAAAUUAUUUCUAAAGUUGGUUAGUUUAUGUCCUGUUGAUAGAACCUUGACCAGAAGAAACUUUGCUCUCUUUUUAUAUAGUUUCAAGAAAUGUGUUUUUAAAUUUUUAUUAUGCACUUGAUUAACUUUGCAGGAAUAAAGGAACCCCCAGCCACAAACUAGCCUUCUAAAUUAUUUCCCUGGAUUUUUCAAUGAAUAUGCACACCUUUUACAAAGCUAUGAUCAGUGUGUACAUUCCAUGUUGUUAUAUGCUCCACCUAACACUUCUCCCCUUAUCAAACAUCCUAUUUUCACCAAUGUAAAUGUCUUUAUAUCCAUAUAACAUGGUUAACGUUAUUUCUCCCCAUUAUUAGCAAGUUGAAUCAUACCCAGUUUUUCACACUUAUAAAUAGUGCUGCUAUGAAUGUCUUUGUAAAAAAAAAAAAGUUCCUUUCUUUGGAUUAUCCCCUUGGGAAUAUCUCCAAAGAGGGAUUACAAGGUCAAAGAGCAUGAAGUAUUUUAUAGCUCUUAUUUUAUAUUGCCAGAUUGCUUUUUAGAAAGAUCCAAUCUCGGGGUUGGAGGACCUUACAGGUCAUUGAAUUUCCCUUCCCCCUUCUGAAUGCUUGAAUCCCCUCUACAAUUUAUGAUGCCACCAGCAAUGUGUAAGAAUUUUUAUUUACCAAUAGCUCUGCUAGAACUGGGUUUUGCCAUUUUUAUUUAUUUUUGCUAGUUUAAUAGAUGUGUAUAAUUGUUCUUGAAAAGUUGUUUUAUUUCAUUAAUUACUAGCAAGCCUGAGUACCUUUCCAUGUGAUGAUUUACUAGAUGUAUUUCCCCCUGUAUGAACUGUCCAUCUGUUUCUUAUGACCCACCUGUUAAGUGGACUUGAGCUCAUACAUUUGUAUCAGAGCUGUAUUUUUAUGUUGUAUUGUAUAGUUUGCUCUCUUGUCCCUAUCCUUACAAAUGAAUGGUGCCAAUCAUUUGAUACUAAUGACUAUAAAAAAGUAAUGCCUCGUUUACUAGCAUUGUUGUAAAUGAAGGUUAUAAGAAAACAUUCAGAUAACUGAGGAGUAACCCUUUCAGUGCUGACUCUUUAAAAUUUUAAUAUUUUUUGGAGGGAAAUCUUUCUAAAUGUAUUAUAUUACCUGCUUCCCUGCCUUAGUAAACACAGUAUACUGGAGAGUAUUUAACUUUUUCUUGGUCAUCAAAAUCAUCACCCCGUUUUUACCCUGGUGUGAUGCAGUGAUGUCACCAGGAGCUAUCAAAAUGCAUAGGGCUUGGCUUGGCCUUUUGCAGGCUAUUACAGUCUUCUCAUUGCUGGUUUUUUUACUGCUCUGUGCUCUGUUAUUGGAGCUAUCUGAGGCAAUUGUAACUUCGGGGGCCUUUUACCCUGGUGACCCCAGAUGUACUUUUAUAAUGGCUUUAGCUGUUCUUUGUCUUGUGGACAUGACACAAAACAUGUUCUUGUACAACAUGGGGUUGUCACUCCUUGCCGAUCCAGAGCCUCUUCCUCUUCUAAAUUGCUUUCUGAGGCGUCUACUCUUCCAUGUCCUGCUCCUGAUGGAAACCUUCAGGACACAGCCGAAGAUUUCCUGGGGAAGCCGGGGCACCAAGUAUUUCAUUAUGUGUCAGGUCUGCUUUGCUUCCAAGGAGGAAUGCAUGGGCUUUUUGGCUGCUGUUUCCAGGAGGCUGAGUCUCCUGCUCUUCCCCACCUCCCCUUGGGUUCACAGGCGUUUCUGAAGAUGAAUGUCACUGGAAAUCUGACCACAAACAUGUUGGCUGUUAUUGUAUAUGAAAACCCAGUACGUUCGGCAGCUCCCCUCUAACCAGUAAAAUCAAAAGGUUUCCACUGUUUCAGCAGUCGUCCUGGUUAUUUACCUACUUAAAUGUAUGAUGGGUGCUUGGCACUUCGACCUGAGAAGAUGAAAUUGUAUCGGGUGGAUUCAGUGACUGAGAGGAGUUAUGCAACUGCUUCACUUUUUAUGUGCCAAAACCACAACAGUAGCACCGUAAAGUCACACAGCACACACCUUACAUUCGAGGGAAAAUCAUUUCACUAACAGAAUCAUUUCAUAGUGAGGGCUGGCCAUAGUCUCCUGGUGGGCGUGGUGGGUUACUUCAGGGCCUGGGAAUCCUCAGUCCACAGGGUUUAUAGACUGUGCACCUCACAGAUCAUUAGGUUUGAAGAGUUUGGAAACAGAACCCUUGAACAUUCAGGAAAUCCCACCAGGAUGCAUCCAGGAUUUUGUUUUUCCAAAAUAGCACGGGAGUAUUCUAAUAUCACUGUUACCUUUCUUUCACCAUCUCAAAGAUCACAGCUUUUUAAAAGAUUCAAAUAAAAAUCACCAUUUCAUCCA